AUGCACUCGUCAUUCCUGCCCAUCAGGGAAUCACAUCGACCGCCGAUGAAAAUCGCUAUCGUCGGCAGCUUAAGAGACCACAACAAGCAAGAGUACACUGUUUAUUCAAAUGUCGUAUUCCUCGCUCACAAGCAUGGUCAGGAGAGGCAAGUGCAAAGCUCAUACGCCAACGGCGCUCAUUGCAAUACCUCAUUUGUUCUCGCAUUCAAGAUCCACCAGAGUCUCGCAAUUCCAUUGGGAGACAUCGUCAUUCUCACCGGGUAUGAUGCUCGAUGGCGAUCAUACAUCGACGAAGCUGGUCGGCGCCAAAACAACCAUCCAUCAAUCGACUGGCAUCAGCUACAAGUAGGAAAGAUCGAAACUUUCCAGGGGAAGGAGGCUGACAUUGUCAUCUUCGAUAUGGUUCGUACCAGAAGUCUGGGGUUCAUGCGCUAUUUCCAAAGAUUGAACGUUGUGUUCAGUCAUGGUGUUCUUUACAACCGUGACCUGAUGCACGACGACCCAUUUGCCAGGUCUCCAUUCCUCAUGCAGUUGAUGGAUUUUGCAAAGAGCAACAGCCUAGUGCACACUAUGUCGGAACCCGUGGCCGAAUUAUCCGCAGACCUGCCUACUCGGAAUCAUGAUAUACAAAAGGCAAACAAAUCCCAUGAAGAUCGCCGUUCCGCCCUUAAAGCCAAUAUCAAUUCACUCGCUACCGAGCCAGUUUCUCCACGUCACACUCUUGCCUCUGUUGCGUCAGAGCAGGCUUGUUCAGCCGGAUUUGAAUCGAGUGAUCCCAAGGUAUAUGGCGGGUGGUUGGAAGAUGAAGAGCGCAUUGAAACGAAUCAAAGGAUGAAUCUUGCCAGGAAUGUCAAAAGGAAGUCGGGGAUGGGAAUAUCCUAG